CCAAACUGACAUGAGUUGGAGGAAAUAUAGGCAUCCCCCCGAUCCUCACUACGCGUCUGCGCUACUCCCUCCGCCGCGUGUGCUUCAUUCUCUAUGCAGCGCUCAUGACACCUCACAAGAGAAAUCACUGAACAUCCAGAAGAGAAGGCUCUCUCUGCAGAACACAGCGGAGAUUCAGCAGUGUCUGGUGAACGCAGGUGAUGUAGGCUGUGGGAUGUUCGAGUGCUUCAACAACAACUCCUGCGAAAUCCGUGGACUACACGACAUCUGCAUGACGUUCCUCCACAACGCUGGCAAAUUUGACUCCCAGGGGAAAUCGUUCAUCAAAGAUGCGCUGAAAUGCAUGGCCCAUGGACUUCGCCACAAGUUCAGCUGCGUCAGCCGCAAGUGUCUGGCCGUGAAAGAGAUGGUGUUCCAGCUGCAGCGUGAGUGUUACGUCAAACACAACCUCUGCUCUGCCGUGAGGGAGAACGUCAAUGUCAUGGUGGAGAUGAUCCACUUCAAGGACCUGUUUCCUAAAGGGCCUCAUGUGGAGUUAGUAAACAUCCUGCUGGGAUGCGGCGAGGAGGUGCGCGUCGCCAUCGCCCACCGAAUACGAACUCAGUGCGAGCAGAACUGGGGAGCUCUGUGCGGGAGUCUGAGUCUCUGUGCCCUCGGAAAGGUGGAGAACCAGGCCGCUUCCACCCUCGCCCCUGUCCCAGACAUCACCACCCCCCCGGGAGCCAGCGGCAACUCUCUCCCCGUGAGCCCGCGUCUCCCUGAGGCCGACGGGGAAACGGUCUGGACACUCACAGAAGAUGAAAAUCAGUCGUCAGGUCCUCAAGACAACGACUCUGAUGCCGAAAAAGAGCUAAAGAGGUCUCUGAACGCCACCAAAAGGAGGUGAAGGGAAGCGGGUUCUCAGUGCCUUUAGCCCACACGUCCUAAAAGGCUCGUUCACUGCUCUUCUUCCCUGCCUCGCUCAAGGACAAAUAAGCUGCGGUCUCCAGUGCUUCUAUAAGAGCUCCAGCGACGACAGGGUAUUUCAGUGUGACGUUACAUUUAGAGCUGCCAUCGGUCAUUGUGUUUGUUUUGUAGGUCAUUCUGUGAGAACACGGACUGGUACAAUAUUUGAGAGGAGUCUCAACAAAUUUGCAAUAUUUCAGUGGCGUUUCACCCUUUGUAGAUGUAUUUGUAGAUUGUGGACUUAGUGCAUUCCUCAGACUGCAGACUCUUCAGAACGCUUUGAGGGAGUCUGUCAGGCUGCAGUUCUGAAUAGCAUUAUUACAAAAACUGAGCCUUGUGUUUUGUGAUGACAUCAUUCCAUCUGCUCAGUAUUAGUCUGCUUUGAAGCAAGGCCAUUUGGGUGAACAUCACGGAAACAUGUCCGGGUCACAUUUCACCCCGAAAGAA